CACACACACACACAAACACAAACACAUUCUGUCUUUUCUUUCUUUCUCCCCUACCAUCCCUUUUCUCUCUCUCUCCUCUCUUUUCCUCUCUAUGCUGGGAAUCCAAACGAGUGUGAGUUGCGUUUAUAAGACAACUAUUGUUCCGUCGGAGCAACUUCCCUCUCCUCUUCCCUCCGAUUCCACCGUCUGCUUGUCCUCGCAGUGCGCCUGGACCCGGGGAGUAGCGAGGCGCGUCGGCGCGCGCGGAGCGCAGAGCGCUAUUGGAACAUGGGUCAGAGGAGUCGUCGCUCCAGUUUACUUUCCGCUCCUCCGCGCUACGGUUUACCGGGAGCGCAGACGCUGUGGUGAACGUGAACGUGCGUGCGCCUCUCCUCCUUCGAUGUGCUUCUGAGAGCCAAUAUCGAUACGGGGGAAAGUUUUGGCAAGCAGAGGUACGGGGGGAAUGGGGACCCUAACUUUUCUGCUGUCGAGCCUCGCCCUGGUCGUGUUCGCUGGAAACAUCUUCACCAGGGCCAUGCUGAAUGACAUUGGGGACUAUGUAGGUUCAGGCAUUGAAAUAUCCUGGUUGCCUAACCUGGAUGAAUUAAUGAAGGGCUAUGCGAGAAAUUUUCGCCCUGGGAUAGGAGGCCCACCGGUGAAUGUGGCCAUGGCUAUUGAGGUGGCCAGCAUUGACCACAUCUCAGAGGCCAACAUGGACUACACCAUGACGGUGUUCCUGCGGCAGAGCUGGCGGGACGACCGGCUGGCCUACAACCACACCAACAAGACGCUGGGGCUGGACAGCCGCUUCGUGGACAAGCUGUGGCUCCCCGACACCUUCAUCGUCAACGCCAAGUCGGCCUGGUUCCACGACGUCACCGUGGAGAACAAGCUGAUCCGCCUGCAGCCUGACGGGGUCAUCCUCUACAGUAGCCGCAUUACGUCGACGGUGGCCUGUGACAUGGACCUGACCAAGUACCCCAUGGACGAACAGGAGUGCAUGCUGGACCUCGAGAGCUACGGCUACUCCUCAGAAGACAUCGUCUACCACUGGUCAGAGAGCCAGAGACACAUCCACGGCCUGGACAAACUGGAACUGUCCCAGUUCACCAUCACGGACUACCGCUUUGUCACAGAAAUGCUUAACUUCAAAUCCGCGGGGCGAUUUCCACGGCUCAGCCUUCGCUUUGAACUCAGACGCAACCGAGGGGUCUAUAUUAUCCAGUCGUACAUGCCGUCUAUACUGUUGGUGGCUAUGUCCUGGGUCUCCUUCUGGAUCAGCCAGACAGCUGUCCCUGCGAGGGUGUCACUAGGGAUCACCACGGUGCUCACCAUGACAACGCUGAUGGUGAGCGCACGCUCCUCGCUGCCACGGGCGUCGGCCAUCAAGGCGCUGGACGUGUACUUCUGGAUCUGCUACGUGUUCGUGUUCGCCGCACUCAUCGAGUACGCCUUCGCGCACUACAACGCCGACUACAGACUCAAGGAGAAGGCCAAGAGCAAGGCCAACAAGCUGGGCUCUGAGUCCAUCGUGAAGAACGGCAAGCAGGCCAUGGUCCUGUUCUCCCUGUCUGUCACCGGCAUGAACCAGGGGGUCCUGAUCUCCAACCGCCACGGCCGCAGCCAGCGCCCGGGCACCGACAGCCCCAUGGAGGGCGGCGGGGGCGGGGAGGACGCCGAGCCCCAGAGGAGGAGGCGGUCCCGGCAGCCGGAGGAGUGCGAGGAGGACAAUAAGUGCUGCGGCAAGUGCGUCUGCAAGCCCAUCGACGCGGACACCAUCGACAUCUACGCCCGCGCCGUCUUCCCCUUCACCUUCGCCGUGGUCAACGUGAUCUACUGGGUGGCCUACACCAUGUGAGGCGGCGAGAGAGAGAGAGGGGGGAGAGAGGGAGAGAGAUGCUCCGUGGUGGUCUCUCUUGUCAGUGGCUGCACACAGAAGGAGGGAUGGAGGGAGGGAGAGAGAGAGAGAUAGAGAGAGGGGGAGAGAGAGAUGCUCCGUGGUGGUCUCUCUUGUCAGUGGCUGCACACAGAAGGAGGGAUGGAGGGAGGGAGAGAGAGAGAGAUAGAGAGAGGGGGAGAGAGAGAUGCUCCGUGGUGGUCUCUCUUGUCAGUGGCUGCACAUCGAGGGAGGGAGGGAUGGAGGGAGAGAGAGAGAGAUAGAGAGAGGGGGAGAGAGAGAUGCUCCGUGGUGGUCUCUCUUGUCAGUGGCUGCACAUCGAGGGAGGGAGGGAUGGAGGGAGGGAGGGAUGGAGGGAGGGAGAGAGAGAGAGGGAACAGUGGAAGGGGGGAGGCUGCGUAGAUACAAGGACAGAGGUCCAGGCCUCGGGAGGAAGCAGACAGACAGCGAGACUGGUUCCCUCCUCUGAUUAACCACACUUUGUUAGGUCAGACGCACUCCAACACUGAAACGCACGAUGGAUGAUAUUGUGCAAUAGAAAAAGGGCAGUAGGGGGCCAUGGGUUCGGGUGGGGUGGUCCUGCCCAGCCCAGCCCCCCUGGUGGAUACUCCGACCUAAUGGGCUCCAGACCUACUGAACUUCGACCGUCUAGACUUCUCCUGCAAGUCAUCGUUGUGUUCCUUAGCUACGACACGCACGGCAACCGCGGCCCACCGGCCUGACUCUUAACUGCUGCACGCCACUCAGGUGGCACCCACCGCUACAUCGAACACUACUAACCCCACAACACGGACUCUGGGAGAGACACUCUCUGCUUCAGCUCCUCAUAAAUAUGCACAUAUAUACACCACAUAUAUGCAAGAUCGGUGUGUGUAUUUGUGAUACACGCACACCAACCCAGUGACGAGUCACACAACUUUUUUCAAAGCUUCGUUAGACUCCAGUUUGGCUCGACUUACUUUCAAUAGUGGCUUUCAGAACCGUCAUGGCCGCCGGCCCCAUCCUCACUUCCCUUGGCCUCACGCACACUACUUUAGUCGUCCUUCAAAAAUAAAAGUGGCACAAUGAGGUUACAACUCUGCAUGCCUGUGCCCCCCCCCCAGCCCUAUCAUUCUUUAAUCUAUCUCAUUUUUACAGUUUUUCUGUUCUUCGUUUUGGAUGCAGAACAGUGUCUUCCCUUGGCCAGUUCUGCCUGUUUGCUGACCAUUAAAAUACUUCUACCACUA